AUGGCGCCCACGUCGACGACGUCCGCCCCCUCAAUGCCAGUGACAGUCCCGCUCCGCCCCGUCCCCGCCGUGGGCUUCUUCAACGCAACCCUCAUCCCCCCCGACGCCAUGAUCAGCUACGCCAUCUGCCGCUCGCUCAAAGUGUGGUACGCGCCCGAACGUCCCCGUCCCUUGGACCUGAAGAGCGAGCAUUCGUGCUGUUCCUCAGUCCAGGGGGCUUGGAACGAGACGCUCGGCUGUCGUCUCGUUAAUGAGCAGGGCAAGCCAUUCGAGGACUGUCUCCGUGGUCUGGACGGCACCACUCCCUCCUCGUCGGCGGUGGUGGCGAGCGCGACGUCGGGCUCCGCAAACGCAACGCAGACGCAGACGCAGACGCAGGGCAACAACAAGCGCAAAAUCGCCAUCGAGCGCGGCUGGUACACGAAACGCCAAGAGGGAGGCGGUAACGAGACCAACCCCAGCGACAACCCCAGCACCACCAGUCCUCCGAGCACCACGAGCGAUAUGCCAAGCACCACAAGCAAUCCCGCAAGCACCACCAGCGAGCCGCCCGACACCACCGGCGUCCCCGGCGACGGCGGGCCAGAGACGCCCGGCGACGGCGGUCCCAGCGGGUUUGACGUGACUGAGGGUCCGGCGCGGACUACGAUUCGCGAGCCGGCCAAUUCGCAAGAGGCCACCCUCGGUGAUCUUCUCGGCGACACGCCGGGUGUCUCGCGCCUCGCGAUCUGUAAGAGCUACUCCGAGGCGCUGCUCGAUGCCACUGAGCAGCUCGUCAAUGACCUCAGCGACUCGUACAUCCCCCUCGACCCGAGCACGGCGCUGUGUGUGGCCUACGUUGGGCCCGCGGCGGAACUCACGUGGGAGCCGCAGACGUGGCCAUCGUAUAUGAGCACGGGCAACCGCACCAGUACCAACACGACCUCCGCUGCGUCCGCUGCCUCCGCUGCUUCCUCUGCCGGCACCCCCUCCCCCGCCCCCAGCACAACCAGCGGAAGCCAAAGCGGCGCCUGGGGCCCCAAGCACACCGAAGUGCUGACGGACGUGUACGCGGCCGGCCUGGCCAGUGUAUCCGCCUGCUGCGCGCCAGACGGCAAGCUGCGCUGGCCGCCGCUGGCCAACUCGCCGUGCGCUUUGCCGAACAAUUCAAAGACGCUCGACGCCUUUGCCGGCUGUGUUGCGGCCAUGGGCGCGUAUGCUGUUUGUGGCGAGAAUCGCACCGGGCAAGACGGCGCCGGCGCUUGGAGCUGGAAGAGCGAAAGCGGGAGCGGGAGCGGCGGCGGGGCGCCGCGCCGCGGCGUUGCGGCCGGUCUUCUACUCGCGCUCGUUGGGGCGGUUGCGGCGGUGCUCUAG